AUGAACACAGAGGAUAAUUAUCAAUCAUUGAGAAACACAAAACCUCAAUCAAAUCCUGAACCACAACAAACUGAAGUUAAAAGAAUUUACCAAGCGCUUGAUCUUUCAAAAAUGAACUCAGAAGACAAUUAUCAAUCGUUGAGAAACAGAGGACCUCAAUUAAACCCCGAACCAAAGGCAACUGAAGCUCACACAAUUUAUCAAGAUCUUGAUCUUUCAAAAAUGAACACAGAAGAUAAUUAUCAAUCGUUGAGAAACAGAGGACCUCAAUUAAACCCUGAACCAAAGACAACUGAAGCUGAUAGAUCUUAUGAAGAGCUUGAUCUUUCAAAAAUGAACUCAGAAGACAAUUAUCAAUCGUUGAGAAACAGAGGACCUCAAUUAAACCCUGAACCAAAGACAACUGAAGCUCACACAAUUUAUCAAGAUCUUGAUCUUUCAAAAAUGAACACAGAAGAUAAUUAUCAAUCGUUGAGAAACAGAGGACCUCAAUUAAACCCUGAACCAAAGACAACUGAAGCUGAUAGAUCUUAUGAAGAGCUUGAUCUUUCAAAAAUGAACUCAGAAGACAAUUAUCAAUCGUUGAGAAACAGAGGACCUCAAUUAAACCCUGAACCAAAGACAACUGAAGCUCACACAAUUUAUCAAGAUCUUGAUCUUUCAAAAAUGAACACAGAAGAUAAUUAUCAAUCGUUGAGAAACAGAGGACCUCAAUUAAACCCUGAACCAAAGACAACUGAAGCUGAUAGAUCUUAUGAAGAGCUUGAUCUUUCAAAAAUGAACUCAGAAGACAAUUAUCAAUCGUUGAGAAACAGAGGACCUCAAUUAAACCCUGAACCAAAGACAACUGAAGCUCACACAAUUUAUCAAGAUCUUGAUCUUUCAAAAAUGAACACAGAAGAUAAUUAUCAAUCGUUGAGAAACAGAGGACCUCAAUUAAACCCCGAAUCAAAGACAACUGAAGCUGAUACAUCUUAUCAAGAGCUUGAUCUUUCAAAAAUGAAUACAGAAGAUAAUUAUCAAUCGUUGAGAACGAAUGCUGCAAAUAUUGAGGCUGUAAAUGACACCGAAUCUACUUAUACUGAGUUGAGCAAAACCAGAGAUGAGGAGAACAAGUACCAAUCUUUAACUUGAACUUGGAAUAGUGUCCCAAAGUAAAAUAACAAAUGAUAAAAUAACUAUCAGAUCAUUUUAAUCAGGGACGUAGGAAUCGGGGGGGGAGGGGGAGGUGCAGGCCCCCAAGUUUUGGCAAGUGCCCUUUUUCCGGGAGCAAAGUGCCCUUUUUUUGCGUGAAAAUUUUUCAUUAAAAUUGCAUUUUUUGCCCAAAGGGCACUUUUGAAAACUUGAAUCUAUGUUAUUUGCGGAAAAUUUUUUUUAAUUUCCGGGAAAAUAUAUAUAUCCGGAAAAUUUUUUGGUAUGUCCGAAAAAUUUUUUUUCGUAUUUAGGAAAAAAUGUGGUAUAUCCGGAAAAUUUUUUUGGGUAUAUGUCCGGAAAAUUUUUUUGAGAUGACUUUUUUUGUGAUGAUUUUUUUUCGAAAAGUGCCCCUCAAAGCCUGCCCCCCCCCAACUUUUCGAAGCUUCCUACGCCCCUGAUUUUAAUCGAUGCAUUUUUAAUCGAUGCAUUUUAAUCGGAUAAAUGCAAUUUUAAUGAAAAUUUAGAUAUGGUUCACAAGAAAAUCAUGAAGUCUACAGCAAUAAUAUCUAAAAGUAGACAUAUAAAUAUGAAUGCUCGAAAGCUACUAUACUAUGCCUUAGUCUAUCCAUAUCUGAUUUAUUGCAACUUAAUAUGGGGUAGCACAUACAAAACAAGAAUACAAAGGUUAGUAAGCAUCCAAACAAAAGAUAAUGAGACUAAUAACAUUUAAAUUUUAUUUCGAACACACUGAACCAAUUUUUUAGAGAUCUAGAAAUAUUAAGCAUUGAACAAAUAAAUUGCUAUCUCACCAGUAUAUUUAUGUUUCGAUAUAAUCAUUUAGAAAAUCUACCCGAAAUAUUUAACAAUUAUUUCUGCACAGCUAAUUAUGAAAUUUACGACCACAACACAAGAAGUGCAUCUCAACUUCACAAAACUUUCAAAAAGGACUAACUAUGCAAAACAUACUCUUGCUCAAAAAGGAAUAAAUGUUUGGAAUGUUCUCUUAAAUAAAUACAAAAAUAUUAAAUCUUACACUUUUUUCAAAACAUGUAUUAAAAAACACUUGUUAUCAAAUGAACUGGAACGAAAUGCAAAUUACAUUGAUAUAAACUGUCCUAUUUGCAUGUAUACAUAUAAUUAUCUUUAUUUACUGAUUAUGAACUGACUAUCUUUAGUCUAUAACAAAAUUAUGAUGUUUCUGUAAAUAUAACAUAGUCUAGGGGUCUUAAACAAAAGCCUUAUAGCCUAGGUUUCUAGUAGGCCCCUAGCUCUACUGUAAUAACGAAUUAGUAAAGUUUUGUAAAUAUUAUUAAAACAUUUUUUUGGGCGAAAUUAAAUUAAAUAAAAUAAAAAAUAAAAUAAAUAAUUGACCAAAUACCUUCUCUAUUCACUUAUACUCUGGCGACAAGUUGCAACAUCCCAACUUGCCCAUAAUAGAUUUCAAAUAAUGAGGAUGAACACAAUAGUUCUAUAAUAACCAGAGAACUUUCAAAUGGGCAAACACCUUCACGUACGAUAUCAAAUUCAAUUAAGUACUUACAAUCUUUAUCGACGACGUAGGCAAAUUAACCUAAGAUCACCCCAAUCAAAAUUCCAAUUAUUUAUCCGAUAGGAAAUCAUGUUUCUACAAACACCACACGCAAUAAAUCGUAGCUGUAGGCCAAUUUAUGAAUAAAGCUCAGAGACUGCAUUUAGUUCGUGUCAGUCUAGGAAGGGAGGGAAGACAAACGAUUGUAAUUCUCAUGCAACUGUCAAACGAAGUUAUCCGAAUUCACCAUAGACUUCCGAAUUCACCAUAGACUUCCAUUGAACAGCAUCAGUCAGGCACAACGAGCAGACGUGCGAAAUUGAGCUCCGCCUAUAUUCGUAAAAACGCGUAGUCCUAAAUCAAAACCAAAAUCUCAAAAUACAACUACCGAUGAUGGCGGUGACGAGUAUAUAUCCUUAUCGACUGUUAAAAAAUUAAUGGCGCAGCAAGAAAACGCCUUUAAAGUAAUGAUCGACUCUCUGAUUAAAAUCUACUACAUCAAGAGUAGAUGGGUUGGUAAAAGAUUUAGCUGAAUUAAAAUACAGCUUAGAAUACUCGCAGAAAGAUAUAGCCUCACAACAGAAAGAACUUGACAGAAAUCAAUCCGAGAUUCAAUCAAUGAGCAAUGAAAUAUCAAAUAUCAAGAUAUCCCUUGAUAAGUAUUCUACAAAGACAGUUGAUUUAGAAAACCGAAGUAGAAGAAACAACAUACGAGUAACCGGCAUUCCGGAGAAGCGAAGCGAAACGUGGGAUGACUCGGAGGCAAUG